AUGCAGGAGCAUUGCAAGGUACAGCAUCAAUGGGUCAACCAUCAGCGAAGAGGAGGCCAGGCAAAGAAGAAGCAGAAGCAUAGUCGAAAUGGUAUUUGGAACGAUAGUAUUUCAUGUCAGCGAUUUUUCGAGUACGCUCAAUGGCGACGAUUGUUCGCCGUUCGAAUUGACCAUGUCCCCACCACACCAGUCAGUCGGCAAGCCGGCAUCGAGAUCGCGAAGAGGGUGUCCAGUAGUGUGAAUGUCGCCCGAGCAGCCAAGCAUAACCAGCGUCGCAUCCAGAGCCAUUCGCAUCGAUGUAUAGCGAGCCCGUGGUUAGAUUUCGUCGGAUGGCGUCGUCAUUUGGCCGGGUUUCCCGUCAAGGAGUUGAUCCAGACCACAUGGCCCGCGAAGGAGGAGGCCCACUUCGACGAGAGUAUCCACGAGUCCCAGGAUGACGCAUACCCCGCCGGGUCCGAAGCCGCAUUGGCACGAGCAUGUCAAGCCACGAAGCGGAUGAUCCGGUACGCAUUCCACACCAGUACCGUGGAGCAUGUCGGGCGGGUGGCAUUGGAGGCGGUCAAUCGAAGAGAAUUGGGUAAGGGAAACAACGAGAAGCCGUUUUACGGGCAGUUGAAGGUGCAGUCGUUGCGGAAGUACAUGGAGGUAUGGACCCGGAUAUUACGGUACAUUUGGCGUACCGCCGACCAAGAUGACAUGCCCCGAUAUCGAUUGACCGACGCCCAGCGCACGGCGUUGCAGCGGUUGCAUCAGGCAUGCCAGAAAGACGAGGAUGAGAGCCGAGCCGAGGCCAUCGACCGACAGACGGCAGCGGAGAAGGCGAGCAUCGUGUUUUGGAUCCGGAUGUUCGACCACGAAUUGCAGGACGACGAGUUCGACAGCGGCGUGAUCAGCGCAUUGGCCGUGUUAGGGUUGGACGAGCAGGGCAAUUGGAAGGCCGCGUUGAAUUAUACCCCGACAUUGUCGGCCGUCAUCACCACCAUGCGAGCCGUGGUGGUCCAUCGGGCAUGGUUGAGUCGACAGCAGGCCAUUCAGCGGGCCAUCGACGACGGUGAGCGCGAGGAAGAUGCACAGCGGAUGGCGCCGUCGGUAGUCAGUGGGGUGGACCAGUUGACCAAGCGAUUCAUGACCAUGCGGGAGUUCGGUGGGAGGAUCAGCCCGAUGGACCGGUUGUAUCACCAGCGGACGUAUGGGUUACACAUUCGAUUCACGACCAAAGCAGAGGGUCGAGUAUCGUGGCAGGGCGAGCAGUUAUGCAUUGACAAUGUUAGUUUUGCAAUCGAUGAUAUCCGUUGCGUCGUCCAUGGGUUAGUCGAGACCGUCCAGCAAGGGUUGGCAGGGUAUUUGUUGUUGAUGGAGGCGAGCAGCAAUUCCGAUUGGAAGCCCGCCGAGUUACCCGCCAUCAGCAUGGCAAGAUUGUUUGACGACCCCGCCGAGUUGAGUGCCGGGUGGAGUUGGUUACAGGAUGCCCGGACCGAAUGGGCGGUCGAUGGUCGGGAUUGGAUGUUGAAUCGGAUGUUCGCGGAGCGGGAGAUGCAGAAGAUGUUCAUCCAGCAUUGCCGCGAGGAGGUGCGAGGGUUUGACGAUGUGCAAUGGGACCAUCCCGGCAUCGAGCAGUAUUUCCGCGCCGUCCGUCGGUGGAAAGAGCAGUUGGUGGUGUUGGUGCAUUUGUCGGCCGGGGCACCCGCGCGAGCGACGGAGUUGUUAAGCAUCCAGCACAAGAACGCCGCGGAAGCCCAGGCCCAGCGAGGGAUAUUCAUCGAGAACCAGAUGAUGGCGUUCGUGACCACGUAUCACAAAGGGUACAGUGCGAGUGGCCGGUUCAAGGUCAUCCAUCGGUUCGUGCCGGAUGAGGUGGCCGAGUUGGUGGCGUAUUAUUUGUGGUUGGUGCAGCCGUUCGUCGAGUAUUUGCAGUUCGUUUCCGGGCAAUACAUGGACGAGCCGACAUCAUUUUUGUGGGAGCCGGAAGCCGAGGAGGGAUGGGGAGCGGGAGAAGAUGAGGAGAUCGGGGACGAAUUGCAUGCGGACGAGGCGAGCGUGGAUGAAGGGGAUGAGGAUGGGUUCGAGCCGCCGAAGCCCGCAGCCGUGUCGGCGAACUUGGAUGGGUUUUGGGACACGAAUCGUGUCCGCCGGGUGAUGCAGCGCGAGACGGAGAAACGGAUCGGGGUCCGGAUUGGGGUGGCAUUGUGGAGGCAGGCAUAUCCGGCGAUCCAGCGGAAGUACAGCGUCGAUUCGACGGUCAAGGCCACGAUCGAUCAGUUGUACGAGCAGGUGGUCGGCCCGGCGAGUGGCCAUCAGAGCAUGGAGGAGGUGCGAGCCAAGCAGGCCGGUCACGGGUUGCAUAUGGAGGAAAUGAUAUAUGGGUUGUUGUUGAGCGAGAGCCCGUUUGCGACGAUGCACGAACGGGAGCAGUUCCGACAGGUCAGCAUGGAUUGGCACCGGAUGUUGCAUUUCCAGUCGGCGUGGCGAGCCGACGGUCGCGUGCCGAAGCAGGUCCAGCAGCAGGUGGAAGUGGCCCGGCAGGAGGCCCGUCAAUGGCGGUACCGACAGAUGCGCGGGGUGGACAUUGAUGUGCAGUUGCGACGGGUGACGCAGGACCCGACCGCCGCAUUCCGAGGGAUCCAGCGAGAGGGAUUGCAGGCGAUUGUCGGGGGGGUCCCGCGCGUGACGAUCGUGAUGCGGACCGGUGGUGGGAAGAGUUUGUUUUUCAUGAUCCCGGCCGCCGGAAGCAAGGAUGGGGUGACGAUCGUCGUCGUGCCCGUGGUAUCGUUGCGACAGGAUUUGGUGGACCGAUGCGAGCGGGUGGGGUUGUCCGUGGCCGCAUGGGAUGGCAGUCGACCGCCGUACCACGCCCGCAUCAUAUUUGUCACGCCGGAGAGUGCGGUGGGGUUGGCAUUCGGCCGGUUCAUCGACGAGAAGCGAGCGUCACAUCAGUUGGAGCGGAUCGUCAUCGAUGAGUGCCAUGGGGUAUUGGAGGCCAGCCGGCAGUGGCGACCGCAGAUGUUGCGGUUGCAGGAGAUGGGGCAGAAGGAUGUGCAGACGGUAUAUUUGACGGCGACAUUGCCGCCGAGUGAGGAAGAGGCAUGGUUAUCGAUGAUGGGCGUCGCCCGUCGAGACAUGCAUAUGAUCCGGGAUGUCACGACGCGACGGAACAUCGCGUAUGCCGUCGCCCCGUACAUGGUCGAAGAGGAGGCGGUACGGGUGCAAACAUUGGUCGAGGAGAAGUGGGCCCGGUAUCCGGAUGGACAGAUCAUCAUAUAUUGCCGCACGAUCGAGCAGGUCAAGGUGGUGGCGGGAUACACGGGCGGUCAAGCGUUUUAUCGAGGCAUCGGGAGCAGCGCGGAGAAGACGCAGAUAUUGCGACGGUUGACGAGCCAGCGAGAACGAUUGUUCGUGGCAACGAAUGCGUUGGGAUUGGGGGUGGAUGCGCCGCGGAUCCGGUGUGUGAUCCAUGUCGGUUGCCCGUCGGCGAUGAAGCAGUAUGCACAGGAAAGCGGGCGUGCCGGGCGAGAUGGGGUGGCGAGCGAGGCGAUCAUCAUGCGUCCGAUGCAACGUCAGCACGGAGUGGAGAAGGCGAUCGGGGAAUGGAAGACGGAGGGAGCGAUGGCCCGUUUUUUGGAGGGGUCGGAGUGUCGCCGGGUGGUGUACGAUCGACAUAUGGAUGGCCGGAGCGACCGGGUCGGAUGCGAGGAUGGGGAGGAAGCGUGUGAUGUAUGUACCGAGCGUCCGAGGGUUGGGAAGAAGCGGCGCAUCACGUCGGAGAGGAUUCACGUCGGAGAAGGUUUGAGUGAUGUAGGAUCAGGCAUCGUAGGAGAUUUGGACCGAAGGACGAUAGUGGAAGAGGAGGCGGUCGACGGCGGACAGAGCGGCACGGAUUUGGCAGAAGCAUGGCAACGUGAGCGGGAUGAGAUCGAAGCAUCCGCGGUACGGAUCACGGCGAUCCAACAGCGAGCGCGGUCACAGGUAGUGGAAGGGUAUUCGCAGGCGGAGCAGUUCGACGAGUUGUUGCAGCAGUGGCAGGGUCGAUGUAGCAUAUGUGCCGUCGGCGGGUUCCGCGAGGCAGGACACCGGACGUGGAGGGAAUGUCCGCAGCAGCAGCAUCGAGCGGGCGUGGAGCGUUGUUGGGUGGCAUUGAAGCGGGUUCGGUAUCAGUACAGUGCAUGUUACCGGUGUCACGCCCCGCAAGCGAUAUGUCAUUCGUGGCAGGCGAUGGGCGGGCCGAAGACCGGGCGGUUCAAGCGACAGGGUGUAUCGAUGGCGUGUCAGUUCGACGGAGUAAUGCAGGAUGUCGGGGCGGCGAUUUGGGCGAUGGGUAAGGAAGGAGUGGUCACGGAAUGGUUAGGAGAGCAAUUGCAAGUCGCGGUCAUCGACACCGAGGCCGACAAGGAGAAGCGGGGUUUGGGAGGGAUUGUAGAAUGGUUUGGGAGGCGAUUCGUUGUCGGAGGGAUCGAGGUGUCGGGGUUGUGCCGGAUGGUUUGGCAGUUUGGACGUUUGCAGUAG